UUUCCUAGCUGCUCCUUGGCUCUGUAGACCAAAACGCGAAUGAACAUCGACCGUGGAAGUUGACUGCAAGUGAAAAGCGCUGUGCUGAAGAAGUGUUCAAAUUACAUGUGUGUGACUAGCGCGAAGCAAAGGCCUCACUAGCCAAGCAGCACAACACGCCUUCAGCCCUCACACACACACAUCAUUCACAUGAUUCGUCUGCCUGCAGCCCGAGCCUGAGACCGUCUUGAGCCUUCCGCCCUCCUGCCGGAUCGACGUGAACACAAAUACGCUGCGAUCAACGGAACUAACAAACAACAACAGCAACAACUCAUAUACAACAACUACGUUAACUACUUGUAACAACAAACGAUUUCGAGCUGCGCCUAAACUAAAUACAUUGACAACAUUGUCUAACUAAGAGUUAUAAUCACAGUGCAAUAUGCCGCCAAAUGCAAAAUCGGAAACGGAGCCAGAGCCGGCGCCUGUGUCAGGCGCUGAGCCGGCGGCCGAGCUGGAGACGGCCAAUCAGAAGCUGGAAGAAACGACACAUCACUCCAAGUUUCGGGAACUGGAUCAGCAGGAGCAGCAGGCGGCCGAGAGUCAAAGAAUUGCACAAGUGGAAACAACAAUAGCACCAAAAACAACAACAGAGGCUGAGGAAGCUGCUACUACAUCCGUGCCGGUUAUCAAAAAGAUUGAGCAUGCUGGCGAAGUAGUCACUGAGGCAAUUGCUGAACGCACUGGACUGCCCACAUGGGGCGUGGUCGCGAUUAUAAUACUCGUAUUCCUCGUCGUCUUUGGUAUCAUAUUUUUCUGUGUGCGCAGAUUCCUGAAGAAGCGAAGAACCAAAGAUGGUAAGGGUAAGAAGGGUGUCGAUAUGAAAUCGGUACAGUUGUUGGGAUCGGCCUACAAGGAGAAAGUUCAGCCUGAUAUGGAGGAACUCACCGAAAAUGCCGAAGAAGGCGACGAAGAGGACAAGCAGAGCGAACAGAAGCUGGGGCGUCUCAACUUCAAGCUUGAAUACGAUUUCAACUCGAAUAGCUUGGCCGUCACCGUUAUACAGGCCGAAGAGCUGCCCGCCCUGGAUAUGGGCGGCACCUCAGAUCCCUAUGUGAAGGUAUAUCUGCUGCCCGACAAGAAGAAGAAGUUCGAGACAAAGGUGCACCGCAAAACCUUGAGUCCCGUCUUCAACGAGACAUUCACCUUUAAGAGUUUACCCUAUGCCGAUGCCAUGAACAAGACCCUCGUAUUUGCUAUAUUUGACUUUGAUCGCUUCUCGAAACACGACCAAAUCGGCGAGGUGAAGGUGCCACUGUGUACCAUCGACUUGGCACAGACCAUUGAGGAAUGGCGCGACCUGAUCAGCGUUGAGGGUGAAGGUGGACAGGAAAAGCUUGGUGACAUCUGCUUCUCGCUGCGCUAUGUGCCGACCGCCGGCAAGCUAACGGUUGUCAUUCUCGAGGCCAAGAACUUGAAGAAGAUGGACGUCGGUGGAUUGUCUGAUCCAUAUGUGAAAAUUGCAAUCAUGCAAAAUGGCAAACGUUUGAAAAAGAAGAAGACAAGUAUCAAAAAAUGCACCCUCAACCCUUACUAUAAUGAGUCGUUCUCAUUUGAAGUACCAUUUGAACAAAUACAAAAAAUCUGUCUUGUUGUUACCGUUGUGGAUUACGAUCGUAUUGGCACCUCCGAGCCGAUCGGACGCUGUAUACUUGGCUGCAUGGCCACCGGCACCGAAUUGCGUCAUUGGUCCGAUAUGCUGGCCUCGCCACGUCGACCCAUUGCACAAUGGCACACUCUCAAGGAUCCUGAGGAAACUGAUGAAAUACUGAAGAAUAUGAAGUAAACGCUACAUAGCUGAUCGAUUCAGAAUAACAGCACACCUUAGUAUCACACAUAAAACAUAUGAAAGAAGCAAACAAAUAACCAAAGAGAACUCAAGCAAACCGUCAACAUUGAAAUCGUAUCGGAUCAUCGGAUCAUCCAGAACCUCA